AGAGACAGGGUUUCACUAUGUUAGCCAGGAUCAUCUCCAUCUCCUGACCUCGUGAUCCAUCCACCUCAGCUCCCAAAGUGCUGGGAUUACAGGCUGGAGCCACCGCUCCCGGCUGGAUCUUUUGUAUUUCUGCAGGAUUAGUUGUAAUGUCAUCUUUGUUGUUUCUGACUGUGCAUAUUUGAAUCGUCUGUUUUUUUCUUUUUAAUCUAGAUAGUAGUCUGCUGAUUUUGUUUAUCCUUUUAAAGAAACAGCUUUUGGUUUCAUUGAUCCUUUUUAUGAAUAUUUAGGAGUUGAUUUCGUUUUCUCCUUUGAUUUCAGUUAUUUAUUCUACUAGCAUUGCGGUUAGUUUGUUCUUGCUUUUCUAGUUCCUCUUGGUGUGUUACUAAAUUGGGAAUUGCAGAUCAUUCUAACUUACUGACGUAGGUGCUUAGCACUGUAAGUUUUCCUCAUAAUACUGUGUUUGCUGCAUCUCAGAGAUUUUGGCAUGUUGGUUGUGUCUCUGUUUUCAUUUAUUUCAAAUAUUUUUUUUGAUAUCUGCCUUAAUUUUAUUGUUUACCCCAAAGUCAUUCAGGAGUAAGUUGCUUAAUUUCUAUGUAAUAGUGUACUUCUGAGAGAUCUUCUUGGUAUUGAUUUCUACUUUUAUUCCACUGUGGUCUGAAAGUAUGGCUGGUAUGAUUUCAAUUUUUUGAAUUUAUUGAGACUUGCUUUAUCUCCAAGCAUAUGGUCAAUCAUAGAGUAUGUUCUGUUCACAGACGAGAAGAAUGUAUAAUCUGUGGUUGAUGGGUGGAAUGUUUUGUAGAUGUCUAUUAGGUCCCAUUGGCUAAGUGUUGAAUUGAAUUCCAAAAUGUCUUUGUUAGUUUUCUGACUUGAUGAUCUGUCUAAUGCUCUCUUUGGGGUGUUGAAAUCCCUACUAGUAUUGUUAACCAUCUAAGUCUUUUCAUAGGUCUAGAAGUACUUGUUUUAUGAAUCUGGGUGCUCCAGUGUUUGCUAUGUAUAUAUUUAGGAUAGUUUAGUGUUCUUGUUGCAUUGAACAUUUUAUCAUUAUGUAUUGCCCUUCUUUGACCUGUUUUAUUGCUGUUGGCUUAGGCAGUCUGGCCACUCCUUGGCACCAUUACAGUAGCCUCUACUGGGGCUAUGGCAGCUGAUGCCUAGCUGCUCAGGGAUCCAAGGCCUGUGCGGCUCCACUGGGCUUAAGUGGUACCCCUGCAAAGACUCCAGGCUGGUCUCUGUGUUGAUUUGGAGUUCCACUGAGGUCAAGGGCUUCUCCAUGCCCAGGAUUGCAAAGGUCCAUGGCAGAUGUUUGGAUCCCCUGGGAACUCUCACUCAUCAACCCUUUCCUGACUUUAGGGAACUUUCCCCAGGUCUAUACUGGUCCCAGGUGGGCAAGUCCUUGGCUUUGCUCCUCUAUUCUCUGUGAGUCCUCUUGCUUUCUUGUUGAAUCCCAACAUGACAUCUUAGAUGAUCUACUUGAAGUCGUAGUAUUUACUCACCACUUUGUUUUCUCUCCAUGAGAGCAGCAUAUACUAGCUACUUCUAGUCAGCCAUCUUGAGCACCUCACCUGUUUUCCAGAUUGGAAAACUGCCCAUAUCUGGGGAGCUCUGCAUUUUUCUUUAGAGUGCUUCACAGAUACUGCAUUUUUUACAAAUUAAAAGUUAGUGGCAACUCCAAUUCCAGCAAGUCUAUAGGCAUCAUUUUUCCGAGAACAUGUGCUCACUUUGUGUUUCUGUGGCACAUUUUGGCAAUUCUCACAAUAUUUCAAACUUUUUCAUUAUUAUAUCUGUAAUAGUAAUCUGUGAUCAGUUCUCUUUGAUGUUAUUAUUAUCAUUAUCUUGGGGCAACAUGAACUAUGUCCGUAUAAGAUGGUGAACUUUAUCAAUAAAUGUUGUGUGUGUUCUGACUGUGCUAGAGACCAGUUGUGGGGAUAUGUGAGGGCAGCCAUGUUGCCAGGCACAUGUGGGGAAAGGGGAAAACAAGGGAAAUCACCAUGUUUGGUGGACCCAGUUUCUAAUGGCCUUUAUUUGCAUAUGAAAGCUUGCCUGCAGGCUCUAAGAGCCGGGGCUUUCCUGUUAGACAAGAAACAUUUCUGGAGCUGCUUUAAAAGAAACAAAAACUUCCCAAGGACCCCUUUUCAUCUCUAUCUGCCUAAAAUAAUUUCUUAAUAACUCCUAUAACAAAAAUAUACUGCAAAAGGGUCAUACCUGAGAAGUCUGCUUGUUGGGUUGUGUUGAUUUAUCAUUAGUGAAUAAAGAUGAAAAUGCCAUCUAUUUCUUGGGAAAUUCUCUUGGCCUUCAACCAAAAAUGGUUAAAACAUAUCUUGAAGAAGAACUAGAUAAGUGGGCCAAAAUAGCAGCCUAUGGUCAUGAAGUGGGGAAGCGUCCUUGGAUUACAGGAGAUGAGAGUAUUGUAGGCCUUAUGAAGGACAUUGUAGGAGCCAAUGAGAAAGAAAUAGCCCUAAUGAAUGCUUUGACUGUAAAUUUACAUCUUCUAAUGUUAUCAUUUUUUAAGCCUACGCCAAAACGAUAUAAAAUUCUUCUAGAAGCCAAAGCCUUCCCUUCUGAUCAUUAUGCUAUUGAGUCACAACUACAACUUCACGGACUUAACAUUGAAGAAAGUAUGCGGAUGAUAAAGCCAAGAGAGGGGGAAGAAACCUUAAGAAUAGAGGAUAUCCUUGAAGUAAUUGAGAAGGAAGGAGACUCAAUUGCAGUGAUCCUGUUCAGUGGGGUGCAUUUUUACACUGGACAGCACUUUAAUAUUCCUGCCAUCACAAAAGCUGGACAAGCGAAGGGUUGUUAUGUUGGCUUUGAUCUAGCACAUGCAGUUGGAAAUGUUGAACUCUACUUACAUGACUGGGGAGUUGAUUUUGCCUGCUGGUGUUCCUACAAGUAUUUAAAUGCAGGAGCAGGAGGAAUUGCUGGUGCCUUCAUUCAUGAAAAGCAUGCCCAUACGAUUAAACCUGCAUUAGUGGGAUGGUUUGGCCAUGAACUCAGCACCAGAUUUAAGAUGGAUAACAAACUGCAGUUAAUCCCUGGGGUCUGUGGAUUCCGAAUUUCAAAUCCUCCCAUUUUGUUGGUCUGUUCCUUGCAUGCUAGUUUAGAGAUCUUUAAGCAAGCGACAAUGAAGGCAUUACGGAAAAAAUCUGUUUUGCUAACUGGCUAUCUGGAAUACCUGAUCAAGCAUAACUAUGGCAAAGAUAAAGCAGCAACCAAGAAACCAGUUGUGAACAUAAUUACUCCGUCUCAUGUAGAGGAGCGGGGGUGCCAGCUAACAAUAACAUUUUCUGUUCCAAACAAAGAUGUUUUCCAAGAACUAGAAAAAAGAGGAGUGGUUUGUGACAAGCGGAAUCCAAAUGGCAUUCGAGUGGCUCCAGUUCCUCUCUAUAAUUCUUUCCAUGAUGUUUAUAAAUUUACCAAUCUGCUCACUUCUAUACUUGACUCUGCAGAAACAACAAAUUAGCAGUGUUUUCUAGAACAACUUAAGCAAAUUAUACUGAAAGCUGCUGUGGUUAUUUCAGUAUUAUUCAAUUUUUAAUUAUUGAAAGUAUGUCACCAUUGACCACAUGUAACUAACAAUAAAUAAUAUACCUUACAGAAAA